CGGAAGUACUAUCACUCCUUUUCCGCCUUCGCCCCGGCGCCGUACAACACGAGUCCUCAUCCUUUCUCGUUUUUUGUGGCGGCACAUAACGAUUACAACGGAUAAAGCGACCAGUGUAAAGCUUCGGCGAUGAAACCCAUCUUGCUACAGGGCCAUGAGAGGUCUAUCACACAGAUCAAAUACAACCGAGAGGGAGACUUGAUAUUCUCUGUGGCCAAAGACACGGUAGCGAACGUGUGGUACUCUGUGAACGGGGAGAGGCUUGGAACAUACAAUGGACACACUGGAGCUUUGUGGUGUGUGGACUGUGACUGGGACACCAAGAACGUGCUGACAGGAUCGGCAGACAACAGCUGUAGACUAUGGGACUGUGAGACUGGUAAACAGCUGGCCAUGUUGAACACCAGCUCGGCUGUGAGGACCUGUGGCUUUGACUUCAGUGGCAACAUCAUCAUGUUCUCUACAGACAAGCAGAUGGGCUACCAGUGUUUCCUCAACUACUUCGAUCUCCGGGACCCCCAGCAGAUUGAGGACAACCAGCCGUACCUGACGGUGCCCUGCGCUGAGUCUAAGAUCACCAGUGCUGUGUGGGGGCCUCUGGGAGAGUUUGUUAUCGCUGGUCAUGAGAACGGGGAGAUCAACCAGUUCAGCGCCAAGUCUGGAGAGGUGCUGAAGAAGGUGAAGGAGCACAACAAACAGAUCAACGACAUCCAGACCUCUGUUGAUCUGACCAUGGUCAUCACAGCCUCUAAAGACUGCUCCUCUAAGCUAUUUGACUCUACAACUCUUGAUCACAUCAAGUCCUUCAAGACAGAGAGACCCGUCAACUCUGCUGCCAUCUCCCCCAUCAUGGACCACGUGGUGAUGGGAGGAGGUCAAGAGGCCAUGGAGGUCACCACCACCUCCACCAGGAUCGGCAAGUUCGAGGCCAGGUUCUUCCACGCAGCUUACGAAGAGGAGUUUGGCAGGGUCAAGGGUCACUUCGGACCCAUCAACUGCGUGGCGUUCCACCCGGACGGCAAGAGCUAUGCCAGUGGAGGAGAGGACGGCUAUACGAGGAUCCAUCACUUUGACCCCCAGUACUUUGACUUCGAGCUGGAGGCGUAAACAGGAGACCAGCAGCGAUACUCUCUUCUUUAACUGAUAACACGCUACGGGAAGGACACCAGGCGGCGCAUCUCAAUAUUCUGUAGUAGCCUCCUCUCCUGAUCUGAGAACGCAGGAUAAGGGACAGCAAUAAUGGUGGUGGAUGACUACCAGGAAUUGUUUGUUACUUGUUCAGUGGUUUUUAAAUCUGUGAUGGAGAAGCCACUGAAGACGAUUGAGAUGCACCCCCUAGUGGUGGGGGAGGGAGAGGAGACUUUAGGCCUCUGAGAAUUAUUUUGGCUGGUCAUCAUAAUCCUGAUAUCACUAAUAAAUAGCCUGGAAUGUUUGGAUCGACAUGGCCGACAGUAUACAAAGCAAAAAACAAAUGUACCCUUUGUUUUGCCCUCACCACUAUUCCAGUGUAUUUAAACUGAUUAAACAAAUAAAUGGAUUUUGAGCUAAAUUA